CCUCGUAUCUACCACACUGCUAAGACGCAGUGCGCAUUAAGAACGACGAGGAACAUAGAGUAGACUACGCCGUCUAGAAAAUAUUAAUAUCUCAACCACACACCAUUAAUGCAGCCGGUGGUGCUUGCUGGAAAACAAAUCUGCAUAUUAGUCGAUAGAACCACCAUAAAGCAGUAUGCUCAUCAUCCGUAGUAACCCACUGCCCAAUCCACAAUGAGCUUCAACAUUCCUCCCCAAGCAAUGUUCUUCUAUAGAGGAAAAUGGACGUUAGAGAUGGAUAGCAUGCUACUUUCGACACUAAUCACUUUGCGAAGCGGACGUGAAUGGGAUGAUGCAAAUGUGCCGGAAGAUGUGCUCCGCAAUGUCCGUUCAGUGAUUAACCUUCCUUUUGGGGUUGAACUUACCACUGAGGACAUAUCAGUUCGCAUUGCUUUGUUGAAGGCUCGGUAUCAUAGGUUCAAAAAGUUGGUGAAAACUGAUGGAGUCCAGUGGAAUGUUGAUGAGCAUUUCGUGAGUGCCGCCGACUCAACUUGGAAGCUUCUUUUCCAGAAGGAUGCUUUAGCCGCUGCAUAUUUCCAUCGGGACGAACCAGAAGCCAACCUUCUCGCAAGUUUCUUUGGGUUAAACGAUGUGAAGGUCGAAAUCCUUCAAGAGGUGAUUACAAUCUCGGACACCACUAGGGAGGUCAUAGAGUUAUCUGACUCCAACGUACCGGACGCACCGAAACGAGGAAAGCCCAAUGCUUCACCUGCUGACUCCGAUGAAGUCACCUCUCCGAUGUCGUGUCCAUCCCAUGGUGUUCGCCGCAAGCUUUUCGAUGGCGAAGUUUCAUGCUUGCCCGACCUUUCUGCUUCGGCCCCUCCUUCCCGCUUGAAAACCGGAAUAGAUGUUAUAUUCUCUUCACCUAAAGGCUCGUCAUGUGCAUCAUGGAGUCCUCCUCCGAAAUCACGCAAAGGAGCCCCAUAAAUCAGCCAUGUUAGGGCCACGUUGAUCGUUUUUCAAACUAGUUUUAUGCUUUGCUUUUAAUGGCUAAGGGUUAAGUAGUUCAAGAUAAUGUGUGUUGGUUAACUAGGGUAUCAUGUGGGUGUACGUGUGCAUUUCAGAGUUUGUUUGUAUGUUUUGUAUGUGGGGUUCUUUCAUGCUUUUGUUGAGAAGUUGUGUUACAUCGUAGAACAUGAUGGAUUAUCACCACAGUGUAAUGGUUAUUUAUGAAAUCACAAAGCAGUUAGUUUUA